AUGAUAGAUGCUGCAGCUGGGGGCACUUUGAAUAGCAAGACACCAAGGGCUGCACAAGAACUGUUUGAAGAAAUGGCAAUGAACAGCUAUCAGUGGAGCUCCACUCGAUCCAAACCUGCAAAAUCGGCGGGGAUCUAUAGGCUUGAUGCAGUAACAUCCUUGGCAAUGCAAGUGGAAGCCUUAGGGAAGAAGAUUGAUGGUCUAUCUGUUAACCAUCAAGUUGCUCCGGUAAUGAGAUGUGAUAUUUGCGGAGGAGGCCACCCUAAUCAUGAGUGUCGAGCUACUCAGGAAGAAUAUGCCAAUGUGAUAGGAAACAUACCACCUUACCAAAAUUAUAAUGGCAUGAAUAAUCCGGGCUGGAGGAACUAUGCAAACCAACCAUGGAACAACAACCAACAGCCAAUGCAGAACAACACACUCCUAGGAUUUCAACAAGCUUCACAUCCACCACCACCCCCAGCUGAAAAGAAGUCAAACCUUGAGGAGUUGAUGACCAAAUCCAUUCAAACUUCAGAAUCUCGGUUCCAAUCUACCGAGACAGCACUAAGAAAUCAACAAGCCUCUAUCCAUAAUCUAGAAAUUCAGUUGGGUCAAAUUUCUAGACUUCUCUCAGAAAGACCCCAAGGAAGCUUGCCUAGCAAUACUGAGACUAACCCUAGGGAGCAGGUCAAUGCAGUAACAUUAAGGAGUGGCAGAACAUUACAAGAGAAGGGGAAGCAAGAAACAGAAAAAGAUGCAGUUGAAGAGAAGGAUAAAUGUCAAGAGGAGACAGUGGAAAAGCCCCCUGUAGUGAAAGAAUUCAUACCCCCACUUCCCUACCCAGCAAGAUUGAAGAAAGACAAGGAUGAUGAACAAUUUGGUAAAUUUCUGUCCUUAUUUCGUCAACUUCAUAUUAAUUUACCGUUUGUUGAUGCCUUGGCACAGAUGCCCAAGUACGCCAAAUUUCUGAAGGAUCUACUGUCCAACAAGAAGAAAUUGGAGGAGUUGGCCACAGUAACUCUGAAUGAAGAAUGCUCAGCAAUUCUGCAAAACAAGAUGCCCGAAAAAUUAAAGGAUCCAAGGAGUUUUACUCUUCCUUGUCUCAUUGGUAGAUUGAUAGUUGAUAGGGCUUUAGCUGAUUUAGGUGCUAGCAUUAAUUUGAUGCCAUAUUCUGUUUUUAAGAAAUUAGGUUUAGGGGAACCUAGGCCAACUAGGAUGAGUAUUCAAUUAGCUGAUAGGUCAAUUAAAUAUCCUAGGGGUAUCAUUGAGGAUGUGCUUGUAAAAGUAGACAAAUUUAUUUUUUCUGUUGAUUUUGUGAUUCUUGAUAUGGACGAGGACACUAAUGUUCCCUUGAUCUUAGGUCGUCCAUUUUUAGCUACUGCAGGGGCUAUAAUUGAUGUGAGGGAUGGAAAGUUAAUUUUGAGGGAAUUCUUGAUUUCAAACCCAUUGGAAAGAAGCUUAGUUCAUGAUAGAGGAAAAGAUGAUAUGAGCUUGGUAACUCAAGAACAGUGGUGUCAUUUAGAAGCCACUAAGCCAUUAUGGAGAAAAAGAGACUUCAAAGUUUUGGAGUGGAAAUCAGAGAAGCAACGCAACCCAUCCAUUAAUGAACCGCCAAAUGAAAAAUUGAAGGAUUUAAAUUGCUUUUGUCUGUUUAUUGCUUCUGUUUCUUUAUCGCAUUAUUUUGAUCGUUCUACUCCUCUUGUCAUUAUGAACUGA